UUUUUUUUUUUGUGAGGGGAAAGUCAAUCGUGUGUUUGGAAACGAGGUGAAAUUUAUAAAAAUGAGAAAAUUUACUAAUUUUCGACAUGAGUUGCGGAUGCUUCAGUGAAUUUCUUUCAUUUUUGUAAUUUUCGCCUCACUUCAAAAUACGCAAUUGACCCUCCGAAAACUGUGGAAAACUCAUAUUUUAAAAUGAGAAAUAUUUAUUUGAAGUUUGAUAGAAGUAAGAAAAUUCUAGUGUGCGGUCCAGUGUCAGGAAUAGAAGACAAAUCUAUGAUCUUCGAUCGACGAAUACGUAUUCACUUGUGAUCGUAUUUUGCGAUUCUCACAACGUUAGUGCAUAGUAAUCAAUUUAUGCAAAGAACUGAUGAAACUGAACGACGACGAAGCAUCGAUUGACUGUAGAUAAAUUUACAUAGAAGAUGGGUUUGACCAAACAGUAUCUAAAAUACGUGCCGGCAGGCAAUGCAAACAUAAUCGCAAGUCCCCGAUGCAAUGUUGUCUUUAUUAAGUUGGAUGGUCAAGAAGGAAGAUUUGUAGCUACUGCUGCAUGUGAGCAUGUAUAUAUCUGGGAUAUGCGUCUAGGAGAAAAGGCACUAGUAUUAUCUGGAGAAAGGAUAUGUGUAACACGUCUGGCUGCAUCGCCCAAUAAAAGACAUAUUGCGGUAGGUUACGCAGAUGGCUCAGUAAAAAUCUUUGACUUAAGCAAUGGUGAAAAUAUUAGUGUAUUUGUGGGACACAAGUCUGAGAUAACAGCAUUGGCAUAUGAUACAUUAGGACAUAGAUUAGCCACUGGUUCCAAGGAUACAGAUAUUAUAGUCUGGGAUGUUGUGGCAGAAACUGGAAUAUGCAGAUUAAGUGGACACAAAGGUGUCAUAACUAAAUUAGUGUUCAUGAAGGAACAUAACAUUAUUAUCAGUGCUAGUAAAGACACGUUUGUGAAAUUUUGGGACCUAGAUACAGAACACAAUUUUAAAACCCUUAUUGGGCAUAGAUCAGAAGUUUGGAGUCUUGUCUUAAUGAACAAUGAUCGAUAUAUAAUAACAGGUUGCAAUGAUGCAGAAUUACGUGUUUGGAAAAUAACUUUUAUUGAUAAUAAGAAUAUUGAAUUUGAUACUGCUAUAGGUACCUCAGAUGUUAAUGAUGAAAAUGAAGAAAGUAUAGAUACAGAUAUGAAAUAUCCUAUAAAAUGCGAGAGAAUUGGAGGCAUCUUAAGAAAUGCAAGUGGUCGAGUUGUUUCAUUAGAAGUUGACCCCACAUGUAAAGUUCUUGGCUGUCACGGAGUAGGAAAUUCUAUAGAAUUAUUUUAUUUUCUACCUGACGAUACAGUGAAAACUAGAUUUGCAAAAAGAUUGAAGAAACAAAGACGAAAAGCUCAGCAGAAAAAAAAUGAUGCAGGGAAAGAACUAUCAAGUGCACCAUCCCUAAUAGAUGAGAUAAAACGUUUACCUAUCAUUCAUCUGUCCAAUAAAGCAAAAGGACUCGAUUUAAUCAUAGGCAAAGAAAACGAACUCAGAUUAUGUGUCGGAAUUAAUAACAAUUCGAUCGAAUUGCAUUCUAUAUAUAUGGGGGAUAAGGAUCCUGAAAUAAAAUGUUUGCGUUCAAUAACAGCACAUGGACAUCGUACUGAUGUCCGAGCUCUCUGUUUUAGCUCUGACAAUUUGGCGUUUGCUACUGUUAGCGGAGAUUCUGUAAAGUUAUGGAAUAGGCCAACAUUAGCAUGUUUACGUACAGUGCAAUGUGGUUAUGCUUUGACAGUAACAUUCGUGCCUGGCGACAGACAUCUGAUCGUAGGUUUAAAAGAUGGAAAAAUGCUUAUUAUUGACAUUGCAUCUGGCGAUAUUUUGGAAGAAGUGUCGGCUCAUUCUAAAGAACUUUGGAGCGUAACAUUAUUUCCUGAUUUGAAAGGAGUUGCCAGCGGUAGUAGUGAUCAAACGGUCAAAUUUUGGAAUUUUGAACUUAUUCAAGAUCCAGAUAAUCAGAUAAGAGCGAAAGUUUUAUCAGUCUUGCACGUAAGGACAUUGAAGCUUGAAGAAAGCGUAUUGUGCGUAAGAAUAAGCCCGAAUAAUAGAUUUGUGGCUGUUUCUUUGUUGGACUCUACCAUUAAAAUUUUCUUCUUGGAUACAUUUAAGUUUUUUGUGUCGCUUUACGGACAUAAGUUACCAGCAUUAUGCAUGGAUAUAUCCAGCGACUCCACGCUUAUAGCAACUGGUUCGGCCGAUCGCAACAUCAAGAUCUGGGGUCUGGAUUUCGGCGAUUGCCACAAAUCUAUAUUUGCACACGACGAUUCUGUCACGGGUCUCUCGUUUGUGCCUGGAACUCAUUAUUUCUUUUCCUCGGGAAAAGAUGGCAAGGUUAAACAAUGGGAUGCCGAUAUAUAUCAAAAAAUUAUCACUUUACAAGGUCAUGCUGGAGAAAGUUGGAAUUGCUGUGUUUCGUCAAAUGGGGCUUACGUCGCAUCGUGCGGUUCCGAUAAAGUAAUUAGGUUGUAUGAAAAGACUAGCGAAGUUUUGGUAUUACAAGAUGAAGCGGAAGAAGAAAGGGAGCAACAAGAAAACGAAUUAGUUACCGGAGAAAGUACUGCGGUAUUAGGACAAAAGCAACAAGCAUUACCUUCUAGAAAGACUGUUACCAGUGAAAAAGCUGCUGAAUUGAUAUUGGAAUGUUUGGAAAUAUCGAAUCAAUAUGAAAUGGAAUUGAGUAAAGGGACUGAACAAGCACCGCCUCUUCCUCUGUUGAUGCAGGCUUACAAUUGCACAAGCACGGAAGAAUUUUUAUUGGAAACUUUUAAACGAAUUAGAGCAAGUGAAUUGGAAGAAACAUUGUUAUUAUUGCCAUAUUCAGCCGCCUGUGACAUUCUUCAAAGACUCCCUAGCUUGUUGAAAAACAAUUAUCACUCUGAGUUGUUAGCCAGAUUGGCUUUAUGCUUAGUACAAGCACAUCAUGGUCCAAUAGUGGCCAAUCAAAAUCUUUUGUCCACAUUGGAAAUUGUGAAGAAACUCACUAUAAAAAAGAUAUCUUCUUUAAGAGAUAUCGUCGGCUUUAAUUUACAUGGUAUGAUGUACAUGCAACGCGUUCUCGAGGAACGGGAAGGAAUCAAAUUCUUUAGAGAUGCCACUAAGAAUGUCGAACACAAGAAGAAAAUAAAAAGAAACAAGGAAAAAGCUAUAAAGAGAGCAGUUAUGAAUUUGUAGAAUUUAUUAAGAUGAAAAACUUUGUACAUAUAUAUGUCUCACAGAUCUUAUUUUAUUCUAUUAUGUAUAUACAUGAAGUAAUAAAAUGCUUUUUAAUUAA